AUGGCUUUGAGAGUAUCCCAUGAAGCUAAACUUAGGGAAUUGUUGCAUAAGAUUUGCUUACAAGAGAUUAAGCUAUGCUCUGAUGCUGCUAAAGAAUUUGUCAAGCUUCUCAAGGGAGAAACCGGCGGCGAUUUGUUGCGCCUAUAUUUCCAGAACUCACCCGAAUUUGCUGAGCUUCAAGAGGCAUGGAACCUUCGACAUGGGAAACAAGGACUAUCGUAUAUAUUCAAGCUUAUCCAGGCGAUUCUGAGUCAUCCUGAAGGUAAAGGUAGAUCAACUGAUAUUGGAAGAGCUAUUGAUCGGUUUGGUAGGUUACUUAUUGAAGAAAAACUAGAUGACAUUUACAAAGAACUGAAUAGCAAAGAGGGAAAACAACAGAAUGCUGCACUAUCAUUGUUGGCUUCGAUUGUUAGACGUGGUCAAGGCAUGGCAUCGGAAAUAGCUAAGAAAUUCGAUUUCAAGGGUUUCGCGAAACUGGCCGAUUGUAAAACACGAGGCGCUGACAAGGUUAGGAAACACUCGACGAGGAAGGCUUUUGUUGGGUUUGCAUUAUCAUUCCUUGAAGUUGGGAAGCCUGGAUUGUUAAGGUCUGUUUUACAGCAGAAGGAAAUGUAUUCUAAAGUCCUACGAGGCCUUGCGAAUGACAACGAAGACACCGUGGCUUCGGUCCUGUCUGUAUUGAAGGACAAGAUUCUUGUUGAAGAAUCAUUGAUUUCUCCUGGUCUGAGGAGUGUUCUUUUUGGAAGUGCUACAUUAGAGCAGCUAGUCAGCAUUUCUGCAAGAGAGGAUGGUGGGAUUGUGAAUGAGUUGGCCCAUGAUGUUCUUGUUAAAGUUUGUACAGACCCUAGUAAUGGAUUGAUGCCAGAUGCAAAGAGAAAGUUGAAAGGCAAUUUAAACAGACUAAUAGUGCUCAUGAAGAGGUUGAGAGCAACAGAUAUUGGUUAUCACAGGGAUUUGCUUCUAGCCAUUGUUAGGGGUAGACCAUCUUUCGCUUCAGCUUUCUUGGAAGAAUUUCCAUACAAUGUGGAAGAUUUUUCAUCCCCAUCCUGGUUUUCUUCCAUUUCCUUGGCAGCAAAUUUGGUAUUGUCAGUAAGAAUUUCAUGUUCUUUUGACUUUCUCAAUCCAGAACAACGUGCAACACAUCCUUCUGGUGGUUCAGAAGUUCAGACUAUCAUGAAAUGCAUAUGCCCUCGUUCAUUUAGCCGGUCGUUGAUCACUAAAGGGAUGCUCCAUUCUGAUUUUCUUGUGAAACAUGGGACCUUGAGAUUUGUCUUGGAGACGCUGAGGCUGUUGGAUGCUUUUGUUACUGCUUGGAACCUUCGUUCAUCUCAUAUCUGCUCUGUUGAGCAAAUUCAGGCUUCUCUUGAGCAGGAUGUCAUGACUGAAGUGAGAAGCUUUUUUCCAGAUUCCCAGGUGUUAUUGACUCUACUGAAGUCUCUGGGCGGUUCCAGUGGAACUCAAGAGCUGUCUUUGAAGAGAAAAGCAGUGUCGAAUAGUGGAUUAGUAGAUAGAAAAAAACGCUUUAAGAGAUCUGAGAAGGAUGUUUUGGACGAAGAGGCUGGUGAUAUUGUCAUUGGUGGGGUAGGUUCUGAUAAAGAUAUCUUUUUGACAGAGGAUACUGUGGAUGCCCAUUUAACGGAUCAGGCAGAUGAAAAGGAAUAUCUUGGUAUUGUUUCAGAAAUUUGGGCUUCAGAGCUCUGUUCUAAGCCUAUUGAUUCAGUCGAAGAAGCAGAGAUGUGCUUUCACAUAAAGCUUCUGGAUGCUCUUAAGAUUUAUGUGCGUUCUGUGCCUAAUGCGCUUGAAGGAUCGUUUGAUGUCUUCAUGAAAUUUCUGAGUUCAAGUUUGCCAGCUGAAUUGCAGAGAGCUCUACUGUCUUUUCUAAGUGAGUACAUCAGUUGGACGCCAGAGUCCCAAAGUGAGAUAGUUCCUACAAGAAUGCCACCACUUAUGUACAAACAUUUGGAUGUAUUUGUGAAUUUGUUACUUUUUUCACCACACAACGAGGUGAAGGAACUAGCGUACAAUUUAGCACUGGUGGCUAUGAGUAGCACUGGUGCAUUUGAAAAGAAUCCAAGUGAAAUUGGUACAUGGUUCCUGUUUCUACCAGGUUUUGGAGAGAAUAAACGACCUCAUAUGGUUCAGGUGGCUGUACAGAGCAUGUCAUCAGUUGUCAUCUCCUUUUUAUGUGAUGCAGUUUCAACUGUUGGAAAUAAUUUAUUCAAGCACUGGGAUAUUAUCAGAAUUAGCUUGUCCUAUUCAAAAGGUGUAUCAAUUGGUUUCAGCCCCCUAAUUGUUUGUCUACUGCAGAAGUGUGUGAGGCUUCUAAAUUCUGAAUCGAAGAGGUAUUCUUUACCAGAGAAGUCAGCAAUAUCUCUGUAUGCCGAUUCCAGAUCACUCUCAUGUUUGGUCCAGUCAGUUUUGUCCGAGGUUGUUGAUGGAUCUAAGGAUUCGUUAUGUGAAUGGAGGCCUUUGAGAAUGUUGUUGCUUUUCUCACAAUCUUUGUCAGACGAAAAGCCUUUUAGCAUGCAAACCAGAAGAACAAAGGGUCUACUUACUGACAGUUCUUUUGCAGAUACUCUUGUUGAGAUCAAAGGAAUGGUGAGAAGCAUUUCUCCAGAUCAAAUUGCAGGAAUAGUUAAAGCAUUUUCUUCUGCAUUAAUCUGUGCAACACCUGAAUCCAUCUUGAAAAAUUUUGCUUCUGUGAUGGCUGUUUCUUGGGCUUUCUACGGAACACCAUUCUCAUUUUUACAGUCCAUCACCUUUCUAGAGGAAAACUUCCUCGGAAAGCUUUCAAAGCUAUCGCCUGACUUAUUUGGGCAAGGUUCAGAACUUACUGGGUCAUGGAAUCUACGUGAAGGAACAGAAGAUAGUGAGAUUGGUUCUUCUGACCACUCAUCCAUAACCGAAGAAAUCAGAAGUAAGAUGGACAUUUGUGACAUUGAAUCUUCUCCCUUCUCUAUGUUUUUAGAACAGGCUUCUUUUCCCGUAUUACUUACUGCAAUUAUGAGCAUGGAUAUAUCUUGCUUACCAGAGUUUCCUAGAAUAUCAGAGCUACUGCUGCUAAAAGUUUCGCAACCUAAAAGUGGAAGUUUUGACUCAAAUAUCCAAUUAAUACUGUUCUGGCUCUUCCAAAUACGAUCAUCUUACAAGAUUCAACCAGCUCCAGUACUCUGUCAACUCUCUGAGAUCUGCCUGCGUCUCAUGAAGCACUUAUUCUCUCAAAUAUCAGAACCGCAGCUUGUUUCUGGACCCUCUUCGAAUAACUUGCUUGCUUCAUCUGCAAAGUGGAAGGAAAAAGUGGCCCAGACAGUUCUUUGCCAUCCAGUUGUGAUGGCACUGUUGGAGAGUCCCUUAGAUUGUAGCACAUUACCUCGAGUGCAGGAUGUUGAGAUUUUUUCAGAAACUUUGCUGAUAACGAGCAGGCAAGUUUUUAGUGAAAUAGAUCAGCACAUCCUUGAUCUAUUGGCUUCUACUUGUGAGAAGUUUUUGUUUGAUGAGAAACACAUUUUGCAGAAAGGGAAUCUCAGACCGGAUAAAUCUAUUGUGGCUUUUAAGGCCUUGGUCGACAGGCUUCUCUUGGAAUUCAUGGUCAAGUUUGAGCUUUGUGUUGGUUCUCAAAGUUUCCCUGCUCUUCUCCAACCAGCACAAUUAAUUCAUGCUUUGUUGAGAUUUAUAUCACCUCUUAAACUUUUAUAUCUUGCUCGUUCCAUGCUGAGUAAAAUUGACGUGGGGUUGGCAAGCACAAAGUCAAGUACGAUUCUCAGUUUGGUAUUGGAUAUUGCUGGCGGAGCUUUUGAAAUGCUUCUAUUGUAUUCACAGCAGCCUGCUGCUAAGAGAGGGGUAUAUGAUUUGCUGUGGGAAUUAGACGAAACGUAUUAUGACAGUAAUCUCAUCGAGGAAGUCUAUAGCAUAGCAUGCAACAUUUCUACCUCUUUUGGUUUGAAUUCGGCAGAUAUUUGUUUGCUUAAAGUUGGGGCUGGCAUUUUCAGGGGGAAACUUUAUCAGAAUUAUAGUGUUAACCAGUUGACCUUGUUAAUUUCUCAGAUUGUUGGGAGAACCCCUAAAGACUUGAUUUUCCAUUGCAUUAACCAGGCAAACAUGACCAGAGCCAAUAUAUUGUUCUAUCUUGUGGAGUCCAGUCCCUUGCAUCUGUCAGUCUUUGGACACUAUUUUUGUAGCAUGCUAAGCAAGAAACAGGAUGAUUCUGCGCUUACAGAUGAUCAGUUUAUCAUGCUUCUGCCUGCUGUGCUAUCGUAUAUGACAUCAUUUUUUGCAAAACUCGAGAAGCCGUUUAGUAGAUGUUUGGAUAUAACUUCAGUUUAUUCAAAUAUACUAAUAAAUGGUUUUCUUCAGUGGCCGAGGUUUUUUUCUGGGUGCAUCUUUAAAGAGAAGUAUGAAGAGAUUCUUUUGUCAGCAACCAAGGAUAUUGACACUAUGUUUAAUGCGAGUCUUCUUGGAAAGGCAGUACGUAUGUUUGAGUAUCACUUUGCUUUGACUGAAAGUCCAACUAAAAAGGAUGAUCUCUUUAAGGUAUUCCAUUCCAUAAUUCCUCAGACUAGUGCUUGCAAGGAGAUGUUAGAUUCAGAGAUAAAAGAAGUGGACGUUCAGUCAUUAGAUCAAAUGUUUAAUGUUGUUAUCCGUGUAGUUGCAAAAGUAUCACUUUCAAGGAUUUGUUUGUUUCCUGAGGAUAGCAGUAUGUGUCAUCUUAAACGUGAAGCAGGUAGUUGUGUGAAGGAAAGUUCUCCAGAAAUGAGAUCUAACAGAGAGAAAUUAUCAAAGCCAUUACUAAAUGCUUUAGUUAAUAGCUGGCAAUGUGUUGUCAAAAAAUCUGAUGGUUGUUUUAAAGGGAAUUCCGAAGGAAAACAAGAAAAAUCUUGGUCCCUGUGCAAAAGCCUUGAAAACUUCAUAUUGAGAAGUAUUCUAAAGUUUUUGGAACACAUGUGUGAGGAGCUUGUUCACUUGGAUUCCCUUCCGUUUCUGGAGAGACUGAUGAAAUCAGUUCUUCUGUAUAGAUUUGAGGACUUGAAGACGUUGAAGAUACUAAGAGAAAUUUUUACCUUGUUAUCUAGAGGGAAGUGCUCGUAUGCACCAUAUAUCCAGCUCUUAAUAUCUCACUCUCAGUUUACACCAACUAUCAGUUCUCUCUCCAUAUCAUCCGCACAUUCUGUCGAAGUUGGAAGUCGUCGUCUUGAAGCACCUGACUACUUGAAGCAGUUAGAAAUUGUCAAAUUUCUCAGAGUGCUGCUCUCCAAAUGUGGGAAAGAUUCAGGAAUCAAUCUCAAAGAACUGCAUUUUCUUCUUUUGUGUUCGUAUGGUGCAACUCUGAGCGAAAUCGACGUGGAGAUCUACAAGUUGAUGCAUGAUAUCGAGUUGAUUGAUGCCAACCCCACACUGAAUAUUUCUGAAACAGAUUAUUUGUGGGGUAAAGCUGCCUUGAAAAUAAGAGAGGGACUGCGUUUCUCUCAGGAUGGUGAAGCUGAUUUAGUGGAAGAUGUUCGGCAGAGUCUUUUCAAAGAGAAUCUCUGCGUUGAUCCCAAAUUAUGUGCUCUAACUGUUUUGUUUUUCCCAUAUCAACGGACUGCAGAUGUAUCAGAUAACUCUAACCUAUAUGAUGAUCCAAUAAGCGAGAAAUGGUCACCUGUCAUUGAUGACAUUGAAAGAUAUGAUCCAGCUUUCAUCCUGCGCUUCUCAAUACACUCGUUGUCCAUGGGAUACAUUGAACCUGUGGAAUUCGCCAGUAUAGGCUUGCUUGCAGUUGCAUUUGUUAGCAUGUCUUCAGCAGAUCUUGGGAUGAGAAAAUUGGCGUAUGAAACUCUUGAAAUAUUUUUGGACGCCCUUCAGUCUUGUAGGAAAAAUAAGCAUGUAACAUGGCUUAGGCUUCUCAUGAUGUAUCUGCAAAAUGGAGUUGAGGAACCAUGGCAAAGAAUUCCAACUGUUUCUGCUGUUUUUGCCGCUGACACAUCUCUUAUAUUGUUGGAUUCUUCUCACGAACAUUAUGUUCCUGUAAGCAAACUGAUUAAGAGCUCAUCUACACUGAAGCUGAGGGGAAUACCUUUGUUUCACAAUUUUUUCUGGAGCAGUGCUGUUAACUUUAGAUCACAGAGGCUUUGGGAACUUCGCCUAGUGUGUAAGGGCUUGAAAUCAGAUGACGAUGCUCAAAUUUACAUCAGAAACUCCAUCCUUGAGACAUUGAUGAGUUUUUCCUCAUCCCCUCUUGCUGAUGAUGAAACUAAAGGACUAAUCCUUCAGGUUGUACUCAAGUCUGUGAACUAUGGGGUUGUGAGGAAGUCAGUCAAAUUUCAUAAGAUGGCUCGACAUCUAGUUGAAAAUUGUGGUUUAUUUUCAUGGUGUUCAUCAUUUUUCUCAACGUUUACUACAAAGCCCAUUGGAGAUGAAGAUUUGCGGUUGGUGGUUGUCUUGGAGGUCAUGACUGAUGUUCUAGCCUCCAGAAACGUUACAGAGUGGUUGCAACGAUUUGCCCUCGAAGGGCUAAUGGAAUUCUCAUCGUGUAUAUACAGACUUUUAGGUGGUGGAUUGGUUUCAGUACAAGAGAAUGGUACUUUGGUUGAUUUAAUUUUGCAGAUACUAUCUGCUACUCUAAAGAUAUCACAGGAAAGAAAUAUGUACCAGCCACAUUUCACCAUCACAGUGGAGGGGAUAUUUCAACUCUUUGAUGCUGUUGCUAAUUGUGAUUCUCCUCAAGUCGAAGCUAGUGCAGGGUGUGGGCUAAAUACUAUAUUAAUGAGCACGCCAGUUGACAUUAUAUGCAUGUUUAACAUGUUUGUUUCAUAUAAUAUCUUUCAGGAUGUGGACAAGCUGAGAAGGUUUCUUUUAUGGGGAACCUCCACAGCAUUGAAGAGUGACCUUAAAAAGGGAUCUAUGCCAAGUGAGUCUCAUCAAGAUACUAAAACACUCACUGAAGAACCACAAGAGGAGACUAUGGUAGCAAAGUUUCUACGCUGGCUGUUGGCUUCGGUGAUUCAUGGAAAGCUUUAUUCUAAAGAUAAUGAUUUGGACCCAACAGUCUUAAGUGAAACAAAGCCAGGAACUUUACUGACAUUGUUAGAAUGCUUCAGGACAGGGAAUAUCGAAGGCAGCAAGACAAAGUCAGAGCACAUAAUUGGGGAAGUAAUCGUACACCUCCAACAGCUUUUGUGUACAAACUACAGGGUUCUUCCCUCUGUUGUAUGUGCAGUUUGUCUCAUGCUUCUUCGUAAUGACCUCUGGAUUGCAGGUUCAGAGUCCAAAGACGAUUACAAGCUCAUCGAAUCUCUGUGUUCUAGAAUUAGCAGUCCUCCUGAGGCAACUCUAGUCUGGAGAUGGUCAUAUUAUCAGACAUGGCAGGAUCUUCCAUCAGAACCGGCCACAGAUCUGGAAAAAAUCAAUGAACUCCAUGCGUGCCAACACCUUUUGAUGAUACUCUCUGAUAUGCUUGGAGAAAAGUCAGGGGUAUCUCAACAGGUGAUGCUCCAUAAAAGUUUUGACAUGUCGAGUGUAUUUGAAUGGGAAAGAGGUUUAGUUGAGACCUAG